AUGGCGACCUGCUUGAACAGCGGGGCCGGAGCGACAACGGCAAGCGCGGUCGCACGCAGCGGCGGCGGAAGCUUGUCGAAGGGCGUCGGAGGACCGUUAGCACCGGUGGCGAAAACGCUGGCGGGUGCCGGCAUCAAUGGCCACGAUGGCAGAAGCAGAGGCAGGUGCGGCAUCGGCGAGGUUGGCGCCAGCGCCAGCCGGGAGAACACGGUCGGCUUGCCAAAGGCGCCCACGAUGAACGGUGCUCGUAGCCGGCGAGGACAGGGUGGGAUGAACACACCGCCGGAGCAGCGGCAAGAGCAUCUUCCUCCGUCCCCGCUUGGCGGUGCCGACAAGGCUAGCUCGGCAAACGGGAUUUCGACGAUACGCCAAACGCCGGCGCCACGGUGCACAAUGAGUUCGACCGCGGAGACAACGAGCUGGACAGGGGUAGGAGGCGAUACGAGGGAGGAGAGUGUCGAUGCCGCCGGCGAGGCGGAGCCAGGACCUAGGGCAUGUGAGACCACGCAAGAGCUACCUCGACUCCCACGACCACCGCCGCCGCCGCUGAAUGCGGCAACGCCAUCGUCGUCGUCGUCUCUGAAGCCGACAGGUGGUGGACGCUCCUCAACCCCACUUCUCAACCGAGCCGAAAAGCAACAAGCGGCGGAUCGAGAGGGCCGCUCUACGCCGCUCCCGCAGGUGGCGGCAGAGGCGGAGCCUGCGCCGCCUGGCCCCCAGGAGAACACCCCAUCGUGCGUGGACGUGCCCGCCCUCCCUACCCUUACCCUCCCUCCUGCGCCGGCUUGCUCCCCCUCCUCGAAACCUGCUGCCACCACCACCACCACCGCUGCCGAUGCCGCUGCUUGCGAGGAAGCACAAGCGUCGAGGAAAUCCGCAGGCAUUCGAUCGGGCGCCGCUGACGCCGCGGCGCGACCGCCUGAUCGACGAGACGCUACCCGCCCGCCGGGGGCGGCGGCGGCGGCAGCUUCCCCUAGUGUGGUAGCGGUGUCGUCGUGCCAGAAACCACCAGCGGCGGCGGCGGCGGCGGCGACAGCAGCAGCGCCGGUAGCGGCUGCAUCCGCCAUCCGUCCAGCAGAAGACGCAGACGCGGCUGUUACCCCUGCUGCUGACGUGACGUCAUCUCCACCGCGGGCGGCCAAGCGGGUGCGCGUUGAAGAAGAGGGGGGGAAUGGGAGGGACAACGGCAGUAGCAGAGCUACCGGCAUGGACAUCGACAGCGGCAGCGUGCUAGGGGGAAGCUCGGACGAUGAUAGCAAACGACAAGGAGCGGGGGGAGAAGAAGCAGAGGGGGCGGAGGGGAGAGAAGGCGAUGGUGUAGCAGCGGGGUCGGACGCAAACAGACCAGGAGCGGGACCAGAGGCAGGCGCGGCUUCCCCGCCUUCGGACGGAAGUAGGAAGAGGGUAAGGACCGUUGUCGUGGUCGGCGCCCCUCCGGGCGAGGAGAUCAGGCCGGUGGCGGCGGCGGUCCCGGAACCGCUCCUGCAGGUGCCGGAGGUCUCGGAGGCCGACGUCGGCAAGCUGGUCCUGAGCGAGACGGGCGCGGGGACGCUGACCGGAGUCGUGGAGGCGUUCGAGGAGACGGGGGACGGCCUCGGCGCCUGGACCAUCCGGUACGAGAACGGGGACGUGGCCCGCUUGGACGACUGCGGAGAGCUCCACGACGACAUGUGCUCCUACUUCGAGUUCGCCGGCAACGCGGCGGCCGCGGCGGCCAAGCACGUCCGGACGCGGCACCUCCCUCCUCGGGCCCAGGAGGAGGUGCGGUUGGGCCUCUUCAAGGGGAAGGGCAUGGAUAGCGUCGUCGGCAGGAGGGUUAGCGUCUUUCGGGAGAAGAUUCUUUACGAAGGAUGGGUGACAAAAUACGUGCAGCCAACGCGGGACGGUGAGAUAGACCAAUGGCGAGUGGCGUUCGACGCUGCUUGCGAGUCCCAGCCCAUGGAUAUGGAUAGCUUCGAGCUAUUGAGACCGUUGCUGCUCCACGUGGAGCGGCGCAUUGAGCAGAGAGAGGUUCAGUGGGGCCACCGGAAGGUGGUCAUUUACAUGCACCGGACCGGGGAUAGCUCUCGACCUUUCACGACUCUACCGGGCAUUUGCGCAAGCAUGCCGACGAUGACGAUCGAGAGCGAAGAGCAAGGGCAAGAAGGAACAUCGCAGCAACAGCAGUAG